AUGGCGUCUCAAGCAACAUCAGAUUUAGUUAUAGAUGCAAGGUGUGAGAUAGGAGGGCAAAGUGGAAUAAUUCGUUAUAUUGGAACCACCGAAUUUGCUCCCGGUAAAUGGGUCGGUGUUGAGCUGGAUGAUCCAUCGGGAAAGAACAAUGGUUGUGUUAAAGGCAAACAUUAUUUUGAUUGUAAACCAAAUCAUGGAGUUUUUGUUAGAGCUUCACAAGUAAAAAUACCUUCUAGCUCGGCUCCUACGCUUCGAACUCCGUCGACGCCAAGUUUUGCACCGCCAAAUGCAAAUGAUGCUGCUCCUUUAAGGCAGCGCCCAGCUUCAAUGAUUUUUCCAUCAUCAAAUAGAAACAGUAUUUCUGGGAUACCUAACGCUAAUCGAUUAUCAAGGGGGCCGGGUUCAUUUGGAUAUACACGCGGUCCAAAUAGUCCUACACUUCAAAGAAGACCACGUGGAUAUUCUGAUGCCAGCAACCCUGAUCAAAAAAGACAUGAUUUUGACUCUUUAUAUUUCAAUCAAGAUAAUCAAGAUUUAAAUGAGGAUUAUCCUGAACACGAUGAUGAACAUAUUGGUGAUGAAUAUGAAGCUGGUGCUUCAGCGCUCAAAAGUGAUUUGCCAAAACAUUUAGAAACUCCAAGACAUGAGACUGCUAACGCACCAGAUCCGUUUUCUUUACAGGAAACGCGCGAACAAACUGUUUCUCAAAAAGAGUACGACGAGCUGAGAAUGAAACUUAAAAUAUUGGAAAAUAAGCGUCAAGAAGAUAGGGAAAGAAUUCGUGAAACUGAUAAAAUGAGAGCUGAUGCUGAACAAAUAUUGAGCAUAAAACCUAAAUUGCAAGCCAAAAUGGCAGAAAUGCAGCAAGAAUUACGUGAACUUAGGAAGCAAUUGAAAGAAGUUAAUUCAGAGAAAGAAGCUUUCGAGGGCAAAUAUAAUGAAGCAGCUGAGUCCAUGGAAAUAAUGGCCAUUGAUAAAGAAGUGGCUGAAGAAAAAGCUGAUCAGUUACAACAAGAAGUUAAUUUGUUGAAGGAAAAGAUUGAGGAAAUUAGUGUAGAUUUAACUGUAUUUAAAAAACAUGAAAGUGGAUUAAGUGAUGAAACAAGACAAGCCAUUGAAUAUGCUCAACUUGAGAAACAAAAUGAGCGACUUAAAGAGGCUCUUUUCAGUGAAUCUGAAGCUGAUUUAAGUAAGAAGAUCAAGGUUUUAGAAAAAGAAUUGUCAUCUCUUCAAGAUAUUCAAGUACAACGUGAUCAUCUGAAAAAUCAAUUGGAUGCUUCUGAAAUUGCUAUUGAAGAUUUAAAGAGCCGCCUAGAUGAUGUCAUGCAUAAUGAAGAUAUGCUUGAACAACUUACUCAACAAAAUCUGUUACAAGGAGAGCAACUUGAAGAAAUGAAAAUGACCAUUGACGAUCUUGAAGCCUUAAAAGAAUUGAACGAUGAACUUGAAGAGUCUCAUAUUGAAAAUGAGAAACAACUUCAAGCAGAAAUCGAUCACAAAGACAUGCUUAUUCGUGAAUAUUUGAGGCGAAUUGAGUCAACAGACGAGGCAAAUGCAGAUUAUGAAAACACAAUCACUAAUUUCCGCGAACUUGUUGCUACGUUGCAAAGUGAUUUGGAACAAUUUCGUCGAAAGGAGGAAAAUCAAAAUUCAGGAACAGACAAUCUUGGUAGCGAAUCUCAAAAAAUGCUUGACUUAAAACUUCAGUUAAGUAAUACUGAACUUAAGAAUCAAGCCAAGCAAAUUGAUCUGGAACUUCGAAAAUUGGAUGCUACACAAGCAACUGAGCAUUUGGCCUAUGUUCAGCCCUAUUUACCUGAUACCUUCUUCCAUACCGAAAAUGAUUCAAUUCAUUGCUUGCUAUUGUUAAAGAGACUCGUAUUCAAAUCAGAGUUAAUUAUUAAACAGGUCGAUCAGAUACAUAAUAUUCCCGACAAAUUAAACACGACUGUUCCGGAACAAUUAAUUUCAGUUUGCGAUCUGCGGCAAAAAUUAGCGUGGUUUUCCGAUUUGUCAAAACGUUUUAUUACUUUCAUAAAUGGUUGUCCAGUUGAAACCUUUUUAAAUAUGGGUCAAGUCUAUCGAGAUCUCAUUGGAACAGAGCGUCGUAUAGACACGAUUGUAGAUUUAUUGAGAAAAGAAGAACUAAAAGAAUCUGAAAAUAUUGACAUUGUUCAAAGAUCAAUAUCACAAUUAGAAUAUUUUGCAGAGAGAUAUCUUACCAACACUAAAAUCGACGAGUUUGAUAAAUUCUAUUCAUUCGGCAGAGCAUUAGAUUUAAAUGCUGAUACUAUUGCAGUAACACUUGGUCAUUUAAAACAAGCUGUUGCGACAGCAUGUAAAGACGAAGAAAUUAUUGUAUCUGAUAGCCCUGAAGAUUUCCAUUCUGGAUUCUUCCAACCUUUGCAAGCAUUAGUAUCACAAUCUCGAAGUAGUAAAGUAAUGGCAAGGAAAUUACUUCGUCGUCUUGAUGACUUGGCUGGAAAGUCAUCAUCUUUGAAAUCCGAUCUUUUGGCGCAAUUUAAGACGUGUCAUUCAUUAAGCACAAAAUUGUCAAAUUUCUGUUUUGAGGUUUGGAGGGGUGUUUCUGAUUAUAUUAAUGGAAAGAAAGGCACAAAGGAUGAAUUAAAGCUUGUUGGACUUCAUCAAAUUAUUUACACUGUCACUGAAAAUAUAUUGAGUAUCAACGAAAUGAAGAUGUGGGAAGGCUGUACAAAAUCAUUGCAAGAUUUAUGCCAAGAAAUCGUUAAUCUCAAUAAUGUUAUUAACGAUCCUGAUAAAACAGAAACUGUUACCAAACAUGAAGCUCCAUGGGUUAUUCAGUCCAAAGAAUUAAAGGCUGAAGUUAUUAUAAACGUCGACAUGGAACGUAAAUUGCAACAAUCUGGUGAAAAAAUUCAAGAACUACUUAAAGAUAUGAAAUUAAAGGAUAAUGCUUUACAUGAAGCAGGUGUCAAAAUUGGGUUACUGGAGAGACGUGUGGAAAUUGUUAAGCAACAGGCUGACAGGAUUAAUUCUCUAGAACAAGAGCUUGCUAAUAAAACCAAGCAAGAAUCAGAAUUUGAGGAAGUUUUUGGUAAACUUCACCAAGAUAUCGAGAAUUUGGGACAACAGAAUCAACAAUAUUCUACUCUGAUUGCUAAACUUGACGGAAAAGAAAUACCAUCCGAGCCACAACAUCACCCUAAUCAUGAUGAAACUGAACGUGACGAAGAUAUGAUGAUAUCAUCAACUAGCCCUUUAGAAACCCAGCGUUUAACUAACCAGAUUGAAUCCCUCAAAUUCGCAGUCCGUUAUUUAAGAGCAGAGAAUUCUCAUCUGAAAGGAAAGGAAGCAUUGAGUGUGUUGAACUGGCAUCUACAGCCAAAGAGAUAUCGUGGCAUUCAAAAUCAAAAUAAUAGUGAACAGUUAUCGAAUAUUGCUCAGGAAGCAAAAUCAUUGCUUAAAGACUUCCGUUCCAAGAGUUCGUCACCUCGUGUUGUUCACAUUACCAAAACAUUAGAAGGCAAAAAUAAAUGGCAGUCGCUACGACUUGAAGUCAAAACUACAACAGUUGGGCAAGACAAACUUACAAAAAUCUCAGAAGCCCUCAAAGAUACACAGCCUUCUCUUAUUGGGCGGAUACGACUUCCUCUUUUAGACACCAGCAAUACGCAUACACAUAACAUUACUCUUAAAAAUCCCUCUGAUUUUGAAAAGAUUCAUACUAUAUUUGUUAAUUGA